AUGAAGUUCAAGUCCAACCAGACGCGGACGAAUGACCACAAGGGCUUCAAGAAGCGGCCUGCCUGCCUGUGCUUCCACAGCGAGCGCGGGGGGGAGGAGGUGCUGUUGGUGGUAGAGCAACAUGUCGAUCUUGAAAUGAUGCUGUUGCCGUACCUGAGGAAGAAUCUCCGACUCACAGGCACUAAGUAUGGCUGUGGAGGGAGAGGUUGUGGUGCCUGCACUGUGAUGGUCUCGCGAUACAACCCCAGCACCAAGACGAUCAGGCAUCAUCUGGCCAAUGCCUGUCUGACCCCCUUCUGCUCUCUGUAUGGUAGAGCUGUCACCAAGGUAGAAGGCAUAGGCAGCACCACAACCAGACUUCACCUUGUUCAGGAGAGGAUUGCCCAGUGUCAUGGCACACAGUGUGGAUUCUGUACUCCUGGGAUGGUGAUGUCCAUGUAUGUACUGCUCAGGAACCACCCAGAGCACACGCUCGAUCAGCUUACAGAAGCCCUUGGUGGAAAUCUGUGCCGCUGCACUGGAUACAGGCCCAUAAUCGACACAUGCAAGACUUUCUGUAAAGCUUCUGGGUGCUGUCAAAGUAGAGAAAAUGGGGUGUGCUGUUUAAAUCAAGGAGUAAAUGGAUUGGCAGAAUUACCAGAAGGUGAUGAGACUAGUCCUGAACUCUUCUCAGAAGUGGAGUUUCUGCCACUGGACCCAACCCAGGAGCUGAUGUGUCCCCCAGAGCCGAUGAUAAUGGCUGAGAAGCAGCCUCUCAGGACCAGAGAGUUUCAUGGUGAUAGAGUGACAUGGAUUUCCCCAGUGACACCAAAGGAACUCAUGGAACUUAAAUUCAAGUAUUCCCAGGGCCCCAUUGUCAUGGCCAACACCUCUGUGGGGCCUGCAGUAAAGUUUAAAGGGGUCUUCCACCCCAUCAUAAUUUCUCCUGACAGAAUUGAAGAGCUGUGUGUUGUAAGCCAGGACCAUGGCAGACUGACCCUAGGUGCUGGCCUCAUCCUGGAUCAGGUGAAGGACAUUCUGGCUGCUGUGGUCUGGAAGCUCCAAGGAGAGAAGACACAGACGUACCGUGCCCUCCUGAAGCACCUGAGAACUCUGGCUGGCUCCCAGAUCAGGAGCAUGGCUUCUUUAGGGGGCCACAUUGUGAGCAGACAUCUGGACUCGGAUCUGAAUCCCAUCCUGGCUGUGGGGAACUGCACCCUCCACUUGCUGUCCACAGGUAAACAGCAGUUUCAGCUUGGGGAUUUAUUAAGCUUCAUUUAUUUCUCUCACUUCUGGGGAGGCAGGAAAUCCAGUCUGGAAAAGGACUGUUUACUAAAACAGCCCUGGAAUGAAGAGAUGCUGGAUACAGCAUGCAGGCUGCUUUUGAAUGAAGUCACCUUUCCAGGCUCUGCUCCUGGGGGGAAGGUGGAGUUCAAGAGGACCCCCAUCAUCAGCUUCCUCUUCAAGUUCUACCUGGAGAUUUUAAAUGUCUACUCUCAUUAUCCUCUGCAAGACCCAGGGCGAUAUCCUAGUCUGGCAGACAGGUAUGAGAGUGCUUUAGAAGAUCUACAUUCAAAACAUUAUUGGAGAACAUUAACCCACCAGAAUGUAGUCCCAAAGCAGCUUUCUCAAGAUGCAAUGGGUCCCGUCAUGCACCUUUCUGGUAUUAAGCAUGCCACCGGUGAGGUCAUCUACUGUGUACAAGACCGGGAGCUUUUCCUGACCUUUGUAACCAGCUCAAGAGCACACGCCAAGAUUGUGUCCAUAGACCUGUCAGAGGUGCUCAGCAUGCCAGGCUUGGUGGACAUCAUUACUGCAGAUCAUCUUCAGGAACAUUCGGUACACUGUGUGGGUCAUCUUGUCUGUGCCAUGAUUGCAGAUUCUGAGACACACGCAAAACAAGUCACAAAGCGAGUGAAGGUUGUCUACCAAGAAUUAGAGCCUCUGAUCCUAACGAUUGAGGUAUGGGAUCAAGUCGAUGGCAGUUCAGAAGCCAAAGAGCAGAUAUGA